AUGGACGAUAAACAGAGAGGGAGUUUGGUUGAUCCACGACGUAGCAAGGCCUUUGCAGCGACAGCGAGGAACCAAGAUCGACCUCACGACGCCAUUCUUCGUCACCUGCCGCAGGGAUACUCUUCCCUCAUUCAGCUAAGGCCCUCUUCAAUGUCAAGUAUCGUCCUACAGCACACGAAGCAUAAUCUACGCUCGUGCAGAUCAGCGACAACAAUACUUGGGUAUGGAGAACCGGGAGGGCAAAGCUCACAUCAUUCCAGGCGAGAUGGCGCAACAUUUGUCCAUUCUUACCCCACCUUGGAUAUCCCCCAUGAGCUCGUCAAAGGAGAAUACACCGCAGGCGCGCCCAUCAUCCUUCAAGUAUCGCUGGCACGUGACGCAGACGAAGAAGACGAUGGUGACCAAAACGUUGUUGCACCUUUCUAUCCCCUCAAGAAGUUGGCGAAUUGGUGGCUUGUUGUCGGAGAUCCUGCCUCCCGCCAGCUCCUCGUCAUCAAGCGAGUCACGGUGACGAAGAGCCUUGCCGUUAAACUUGAGUUUACGUUGCCGAAGGGCACUCACUCACUGAAGCUCUACGUCAUUUGUGACUCUUACAUUGGUGCUGACCACGACAUUGGUCUCGAACCCAUUGAGGUGCUUGAAGGAGAGGAUAGCGACAGUGAUGAGGAUAUGAAUAGUGAUGAGGACGAGUAG